UAUUUUCUGAGGAAGGCAGACUUGAUCAGGGGAGUACAGGAUAGUCUAGAGGUGUGCUUCAUCGGCCGAAGCAAUGUGGGGAAAUCAUCUUUAAUCCGGGCCUUGUUUUCACUGGCUCCAGAAGUGGAAGUUAGAGUGUCAAAAACUCCUGGCCACACCAAGAAGAUGAAUUUCUUCAGAGUAGGGAAGUACUUUACUCUGGUGGAUAUGCCAGGAUACGGCUAUCGCGCCCCGCAGGACUUUGCUGAGAUGGUGGAGGCCUAUCUGCAGGAACGGCACAACUUGAAGAGGACUUUCCUAUUAGUUGAUGGUGUAGUUGGACUCCAGAAAACAGAUCACAUUGCAGUAGAGAUGCUGGAAGAGUUUGGGACUCCUUAUGUGAUGGUGUUAACAAAAAUUGACCGAGCUUCCAGAGGAGUAUUGUUAAAGAAUGUACUGGAGAUCCAGGAGUUUGUAAAGGAGAGCACUCAGGGAUGCUUUCCUCAGCUGUUCCUGGUCAGUUCUGUGGAGUUCUCAGGGGUUCACUUGCUCAGGUGUUUUGUAGCCCAUGUUACUGGAAACCUGCCCACUGUAGAGGCCAGCUGAAAAGACCUGGUGAUCUGCUUGGCUCAUCAGGAAGAAAAGUAGGUGCAGCAGGAUAGUACACCUUGCUUGCAGACAUUGAGCUGCCCCUGUUCCACAAGGAUGAAGGAAAGAACACAUCUUUAAUAGGAACUGCUUUUCCAUGAGUGUUGGCUUGAAACAGAGUGGAAUAAAAGACUGACAUCUAGAGGAGCCCUGUCUUGCACACUGUCAGUUCUGCAUCCACCUUCUGUUUUGAGAUCCAGCAUGAAUUUCUGCAGCUCCAGUUGGAUGAAUUGCCAGAUCUGAGGCACACCAUCCAUGAUCUGUGUUGGCUCCGUCCUGGCAGCUGAAGAACAACGCUGAUGUGUUGUACUCUUUAGGGGAACUGUGUCCCACAGCAGCUGUGUCUGUCUAGAAGCACCUAGAAACUGAAACUAUCCAGGUACAAGGCAGAACUGGACAAAAGAACAGCCAUCAAUAGCAGCACUCAUGCAGGGGAACUUAGUCUGAAGCUAUGAAGUGCUUGUGUCAAACCCUGGCACUCAAUUUUUGUCAUGUCUUAAUGUGGCCAAAUGUGGUUGUGCAGUUGUCAAACUUACUUGCAUUAGGUGUUUAAACCUCAAGAAAGGAAAGUUCUUUUCUAAACCACUCCGACAGUGCAAAAGGACUAGAAAUACCACCUUCUCUCACUAUGCAAUUUCUUGUAACACAUUAGACAUGAGACAAGAUCUGUUUUCAGCAUACAUGGAAGAAGAGGAGAAUGUGAGAACUGCAGUAAAUGUGGCUUUCUAGCUUCUGCAUCUUAGUGAUCAAAUUUGUAAUUCUGUUAAUAUUUUAUAUCUAAUCCCAAAAUGCUGCAGAGCAAACGAGCCCAAGGGAUGCAUGAUCCUAGAAAUGCAGUAGUAGCUAUACAGAUGUAACAGGUGAAAGUGAACACUUUAUGAAGGGUCUUUUCAUAGUAUCUUAAAACCAGGAUCUUCUAAAAGCAUCAGUCUCAUCAAGGCUACAGGUUUCAGGGCCUCAGCCUUGACUGAAGAGCCUCUGAAAAUAACCCUGAAUAUGUAAAAAUGUGCAGUUCUGCUUUUAGUCCCACGUCAGAUGAAAACCCCUUACAUUACAUUACUACCCCUUACAGUGCUGGGAAGUCUUUUAUUAACCACUUAAAUACAUUAAAUACAUCCAGUUAAUCCAUUUGUAUAAACAAACUGGAUGUGUGUGCAUGGAACAUUAGGAACCAUCUUCUCCAGAAGAGAGGGUACUCAUCUAUUUAGGUACCAUCUUCUCCAGCUUUACCUCUGGACACAUCUUGGUUCUGUUCAGAAGUGUUUCAAAUACUGGAAUAACUAUUGCAUUUUGCUCAGCCAUUUGCAGGAGAGAACACUGUAGUUUGAGUGUGACAGUGCCCCUAUGAACUAAAUAAAAUCAAGUCCUCUCCGUAAACAGUAAAA